AUGUAUCGCUUUGGGCCUCUCAUAACAUCUCUGAGGUAUGUUCUUGCUUUUUUGUUGGAUUUUAGGUUUUUGGAACCAAAGUUGGUUGUGAAAUGGCAGUUUUUGGGCAUUAAGGUAUUGUGAAGGAUAGGUUAAUAUAAUUUAGGUCUUUUGUUGGGUUUUCAGUUGGGAAAUGGAGACGUUUUGUUAUUAUUAGCUGAAAAAGAGUAUAAAGUUUGUAUGGGUUUAGUUUUGAAAUUCUGUUUCAAGAAUUAGUUGUUUUACAGGCUGAUUUUGUUAGGGGGAAAUAUAAGGUAGGAUAAUAUGAAUUGAAGGUUUUGAUCGGCUUUUUGGUCUGACAUAGUGAAUUGUUUUUAUUACUAUUUGAAGAAUAGUCUAAUCUUUUAUUGAAAGCAGUUUCAAUGAAUUUCGUUUGGGGACUACUGAAUUAUAACUGAUUUUAGUUGAUUUAGGUAUCAAACAGAAAGUUGAUAAAUUUUUUGGAAUUAAAACCAUAUUUCAAUCUUUAACUUAAGAUUUUUUGCAUUAUUAGGUUUAUAAUCACAGUUAAGUACCUACGAAAACAUUUUCUUCAGAUUAAAUGUGGUCCGACGAGUAGGAAUAAAUGUAGUGCCGCAGUAUGUACCAGCCGACUCGUCCACAAUAUCAUUCCCAAUUCAGAGGUUCGAGAACUUUAGGCCGAGACGGGUUGAUUUCUUUAGCAGUAGUGGAGUCUUGCCAACGAAUUGGCAGAAAAUACGAAAGGCAGAGGAGUCGGAGGUCGAAGCUAUCGAACGAUUAUGUGAUCAGGUACUUCGAGAUAUGGAUGAGGACAAGUUUUUAUUCAAUUUGACUGAUCAGUAAGUUAUUUUUUGGUUAUGUCUUUGGUUUUUAGGUACUGCUGAAUCUGCUUAAUUAUAAAUGAAGCUUUUUGAUGUAUUUUAUGCUGCUUUUUGACUUAAAACCUUCAAUACAUUGUCUUACAUAUCUAAUUUUCAGAACUUCGUCGAAUCAGAUGUGCACGAUUAACUCGAAGAUAGCUGUGAAUCUAGCAUCGAACAUAUUUGAAAAAGAAGGCAUAGAGAAGACGAUAGUGUUCUUGGACGGGUGCAAACAACGGUUUAACAUUUGGUCUAGUAAGUUUUAUGUUUUUAUUGUUGUAGUUUGAUAUUAAACUUUAGUUUUUAGUCUUUUAGUAUUAAGCUCGAUAAGAUUUAACUUUUAAAUAUUAAUAAUAUAACUUUAGAGCCAAAACCAAGCUUGGAACUAGUUCAAUCUAUUCGAAGUCUCUUCCAUAAAGUGUUUGAAAACUUAGAAACGUCGGAUCCAAAGGUGUUGGAGCUUAGUGGCGCUUUAAUUCGGGCUGAUAUUGUGCAGACACCUUAUAUAUUCUUAGAAGAAUGUGUGAAAAGGAAUUUGGAGAAGUAAGACUUUUUAUUUUUUUGAGAUUUAGGUAACAACGAGAUUUAAAAUGGACUUUUCUUUAAUUGCGUUGAAAGUAUAAAUAAAUGCUAUUUUUGAUGUAAAACAUGGUUUUUAUCGUCUUAGGAUUAUAAAGAAUAAGAUUUUUAUCGUUUUAGGACCAAUUUUGGAGUAUCGUUCGGGUCGUUUGCUUCGAAAUCAACAGCUGAAAGAAGUGUGGCGGGAUGUCAUCAUCUGUUGGACUAUAUUUUGGCUGAUGGACAAGAUUUUUCUUGUGUUAAGGAGCAGAGAAUCAGUAAGUUCUUUUGGAAAGAUUGAAACAAAGUUUUGUCGUUUUGUUACCUAAAAUUUUAUUUUUUGUUAUUUUCAUACCGUUUUUUAAUAAAAAGCUGAUGUUAUGCCAUUUUUUAAUAUCAAAUCCUUUCAGGAAUGGUAAUAUCUCACGUUCAAAGCCUAAAAACCCCUGCUUACGCACUGGCCGAACUUGUAACGGCCGCUCUGAAGGUCAACAAGCUGGACGACGCAGCAAAACUUGUGAAAUAUUUUGUUGUAAAACCUCGAAACUUUGUGGGACCAAUCAAAAGGCUACGAGAAGAUGCGGAUACAGUGACUCUGGAACGGUUCGGCUUACUUUUUGCUAAAUGUUACUACGAAGAGUUGAGAUCAAAGCCGAAAAAGGCAAAGAAAACGGAAGAAGGCUCGGCCGAAGCUGUCGAGGAAGAAGAAGCACCAGAAGAUCUGGGAGAAUUCGAGUUUUUAAUCAAGGAAGCGCGAGCAAGAAAGCCUAGGAGAAAGUUCAGCUUGGUCAAGAGGAAUGUCAAGAAGCAUGAAGUGGAUCCGAAGCAGUUGGAUACUCUGACCAAAGCUUUUGUCAACGUCUGGAUGAAUUCGGCUGGUAAGGUCAUUUUUUGUUUGUAAAGAAACUUUUUAUGCUUUGUAAAGAAAGUUCUUGCAUUUUUUGUUUUGUAAAGAAAAUUCUCACCAUUUUUUGUUCUGGAAAGAAAGUUCUUGAUUUUUUGUUUUGUAAAUAAAGUUUCUGCAAUUUUACGUUUUGUAAAGAAAGUUCUUGUCAUUUUUCUAAAAUUUUCUCUUUCAGUCGAAAAAUCGGACGUCUCCUCCCUAAACCAAUUGUUCGAAUGGGUCAAGUACCAUAAUGUGGAACUACGUGCCUUCCAGCUCAACAAAAUCAAGGAAUGCUACAUAAAAGCAGGUCAACCCAAUCCGUUCGAUCGCCUGACCCAAUCGGCGGACGGGCCAACGCCAAAAGCUCAAAUCCAGGGACUGUUCUAA